GUGAGUGAGAGUGAGAGAGAGUGAGAGUGUGCACGCAUGAAUGUGUGGGUGUGUGCUGCACCAGACAUCAGCAGCAGGUUGAGAGCCGACACACAGAGGAAGCAAGAGAGAGAAGAAAAAAAUAAGGGGGGAGAAAAAGAAAAAGAGAAAGAGACAUUUCUUCAUUCAGUCCUCUGAGAGAACUUCAAGACAGCUUCCUGCAGCUCUGACCACACAGUUAAAAUGCUGCCUGGUACCAGGCUCCCGCUGCUGUGUGUGCUGUGUUGUGUGACCACCGCUUGGGCAUUUGCCCGUAUGUCUGACGCUGUGGAGCUGCGGUCCGCAUUCUCUGUGGCACGUACCAGCAGCAUGGAGGGAGGGCCAAAGAUGGUCGUCACCUUCGACAAGGUGUAUGUCAACAUCGGUGGUGAUUUUGAUCCGAAGGCUGGCUUAUUUCGCUGCAGGAUUCCGGGUGCAUACUAUUUCUCUUUCACAGUGGGGAAGUUCCCGCGUCGAGACCUGUCGGUCAUGCUGAUGAAGAACCGCAAUGAGGUUCAGGCGAUUGUCUAUGACGAGAACGCAGGAGAGGAGAGGAAGGUACAGAGCCAGAGUGCCAUGCUGCAACUUGAUUUUGGAGACACUGUUUGGCUCCGUCUUCAUGGAGAUCCUCGCUACGCUAUCUACAGCAACACGGGUCAUUACACCACCUUUAAUGGUUACCUGAUCUACCCCGAUGUAUAUGGCUACCAAGAACCCACACGCAAAGAUCAUGACAGUGACCAUCAACCACCGAAAACCAGCGAUGACUCAUUGUCUGAAUAUGAAAAUACAGUUACCAAAGACACUGCUGUGAGUAUGAAAGAAGAGAGACGGGAUGAACAGAUAAAAGAAGAGGACGAGAGAGAUGGAGAGGAGGAAGACGACUACCAGCGGUCAGCAUUCUCAGUGGGUCGCACUCAAAGUAUUGUGGGAGUAGAUCAAGGAUACCCUGAGCACCAGCCCAUCAUCUUUGACACAGAGUUUGUCAACAUCGGCAACGAUUUCAACUUGAGCUCUGGUAUAUUCAAAUGCAGAGUAGCCGGAGCCUAUUACUUCUCCUUCAAUGCUGGGAAGCUGCCCCAUAAGACCCUAUCGGUGAAGCUGAUGAAAAACCAUUUGGAGGUACAGACCAUGAUCUACGAUGACAGCGACACUGAGAAGGCCUUGCAGAGCCAGAGUCUGAUGUUGUCACUGCAGGCUGGAGAUACUGUCUGGCUCUACAGCCACCAGAGGGAUGGAUUUGGCGCUUACAGUAAUCACGCCAAGUAUAUCACUUUCACUGGCUUCCUGGUGUAUCCCGAGCUCCACAGAAGCCUUCCUCAGCAGCAGAAACCAGAUAAGACACUGUAGGCCAGCCAAGGAGCCAGUCAGUCUGGGUCUUUAGGAAGGCAAAGGUUUGGAGCAGCGCUUAUGUGGAAAAUAUGUGAGUUCCCUACAAGAAAUCUUCUACACUCUAGAGACUGUGUGUCACUCAUCACUCCUGUGGUUUGAUUCCAUAUUACAAAAUCUCUCUAGCUCUUGUUCUCAGCAUCCCUAAAGUCAUCAUGAAACAGAAAUUGUGAUCAUAUUUUCUUCCCUACUGUGACAGGUUCUCAAUUGAAAAAGAAAAAACAACGUACAACUGCACAUGAUUUUGCCCAUCUGGAAUUUAUUGGAUCGUUGUUGUUUGCUAAUUGAGUGAUAUCAUGCAAGUGGCAGGUUGCUGGAUUACUGCCCAGCCAGAGCUUACAGAAGGAUGCUAUUGUGAGGGGACAUUCAUGUUUUUGAUGAAGAAUUACGAUGGCGCAUAACAUUUAAAAAAAAAAAAAAAAAGUAUGUGCAUGGAAAAUGUAUUUAAAAUAAAUACUGUGAGAUUCCAUAAAAAAAUAAGAAUUGUCCAUUUUGAUUUCAUGGUGACUUUAAGGCCAAUAUAAAAGAUCAAAUAUACAGCUUUAUUGAAAAAUCUGAAAUUCACUUCAGAGGCAGUUCAUUAGAGAGCUCCAGUUCAAAACUGUGUUUAAAUACAAAUGUUAAAUGCAUGCAUAUUUCAAAUAAGAAAUGUUAUUGUCUUUGAAGCUUUUGCAUGCAAGAUUUGCACGAGAGCACCGUCUUCUGCUUUUUCAUCUAUUAUUUCCAGUGUAAAAUCUGUAUAUGGAACAAAAAACAGUAAUGACAACGAUUGCCUUCCAGUAAAUCAUGUAGUGAAAUUCACAGUCAGUCAAUGAUCGGGCAGGUUUUAGAACAGCACUACACAUUCAAACACAGGACCGCAUCAAUAAAUUUACUGUCAAAAGGUCCACCCAACUGGCCCAACGAAAGUAUCCAACGGUGGUUGAAGGUUUACAGUGUGUUCAGUCUAUUUAAUGUGCAAAGUAAUUACAUUUAAAGUAAAUUCUAAUCUGACUCCAUUGUAUUAUGACCUUGAAUUUAGGUUAGAAUGCCAAUUAUUAUUGAUUGUCCAUAGCAUCAUUUAGACAUCUGAUUAUUCUAUUUAACUCUUUAAUCUUAUUGUACAUUAAUUCAGAUUGCUAUAACACU